GAUAUAAAUAGGCGAGUACAUAAGGAGAUAUAUAUUUCAGUCAAAUAACACGAGCUAUUCACGGAAAGUUACCAUCGGAGUAUGGCGAAGCUUUUGAUCCUCGCUGUUUUGUUGUUUUUCUCAUUCAAAACUGGAAUAAGUUCCGUGGGAACAACCACCAGUCCUCAACAACAAAAUCCUCAAGCUGGCGCUGACAAAGACCCAUGUGAGAAAUCCAUUUUUGCUCACGGAUUUUCUGGGAUUCCAGGAUCGAAUGGCAUACCAGGAAUGCCGGGAAUUCCUGGUGCCCCAGGGCCGCAAGGACAACAAGGAAAAGAUGGAGCUAAGGGGGAGCCUGGUGUCAAGGGACCAAGAGGUAUGACGGGGACAAGAGGACAAAAAGGAGACCCAGGGUCCCUUGGUAAAAAUGGUGCACCUGGAAUGAUGGGAAUAAAAGGAGAUAAAGGUAAUGAAGGGUCACGUGGCAGAAGUGGACCGCCAGGAAUCAAGGGUGUGAAAGGAGAGCAGGGAUCUAAAGGAGAGAAAGGAGAAAUCGUGAAUAGUGCAGUGUCACAGACCAACUGGAAACAGUGUGUGUGGAAAAAUCUGAAUGAUAAUAGAGAUAGUGGAAAGAUUAAGGAUUGCUCAUUCAACAAGGUGCAGUCUGAGACAGCUAUUAAAGUCUCAUUCCAGGGAAAUAUGAGAGUCCAAGGCACUUCUUCUAAAUGCAACCGGUGGUUCUUCAAGUUUAAUGGAAAUGAAUGCAGUGGACCAAUGACAAUUGAGGCUGUUGUGUUCAACUAUUGGCCAUCUGGGAGUCCUAAUCUGCUUCAUCACAGAUCAUUUGAGGGAUACUGUGAAAACAUUCCACAGGGCAGGGUUACUGUGGAGUUAUGGGUAGGACAGUGUCCCAGUGGUCAUACACUGGGUGAUGCUGCCACUGGAUGGGAGUCAGUAUCUCGGAUAAUGAUAGAAGAAGUGUCUAGAGCCCAGUCCUAAUCAGCCCUGACAUCUUCACCUGAGGACUGGGAUAGAAUAUUUUCUUUUCCAUUUAUCCAUUAUUUAGAUUUCAUUAUUUUCUUACAUUUCCCAUACCGCCCGAUAAUUGAGUUAUCGUUUAUUGUCACAGAUACUCUUUUGCCUUGAUAAUGUUGGAUGUUAUGAGGAUUCCUUAACUCCAAUUUAAACCUUCUGUUUCUUUUUAAUUACAUGUACUUUUAAACGACUGUGAAUAUAUGAAAGUCAUAUAUUUGAACUGCGGAUAAAGACGUGAAAAUGAAAGCGAUCUUCGCAGUAAUGAACACUACUUAAGCAGUAGUGAAAAUUUAGCCUGGAAAAAAUUCAGACCUGUACGGGAUUUGAACCCAUUAACCUUUGCGAUACCUGUACCGGUUAAGAUACCUUCAUCUCCUCCUGAAAAUGUUUUCCUGAAUUAUUUUGAGUUUGUCUCUGCUUUGCAAUAGAACUGUUUAACAUGUGUUAGUCAACAAAAUAAUAGUUUCUUGAAUCAUUAGUGAUACAACUGUAUGUGUAAACCAGAUAUGAUCUCUCACCUUUUUCCAUUAUUUCUAUCAUCUUUUUCUAAGUAUCUUGAAAAGUAGUCUUGAAACACUUUAAAGAUAUUAAAUGAAGACAAAAGAUUUGUUGUGUGAUCACAAAUUGAAGGGAAAAUGUUCAUCAUGGAAUCUCACAACUGAUUCAAUAUUUUUUUAAUUGAAUUGUAUUCACAACUAGUUUCUUUUUAUGGAAAUAUAUUUUCUCCAUCCUGUUUGUUCUAGAAACUCCUUCGGAUCUGGGGGUACAUCUGGAAU